UAUCAUCAGUUUCAUUAGUGUUCAGAAUCUCAGAUAUGGCUUCAUCAUCAAACAUUGUAGUCACAGCUGUGGCUUUCAUCUUUUUUCUCACAUUCCUUCCUCCCAAAUCAGUUGGGGUCAUAUUUUCAAGCAUUGAGAGUGAGAGUUUGCAGCAGAAGAAGAUGGUGUUGGGUUCAAGGCCACCUGGUUGUGUGAACAAGUGCUUGAAUUGCAGGCCUUGUGUAGCUACAAUAUUGGUCAUUCAUUCUCACAAGAACAUGGAGAUCAUUAGUAGAGAGUACUACUACCCAUCAUCUCAUGGA